AUGGAUCUGAAGGACAGCACCAGCGAGGGCAGCAUGGGCAGCCUGCAGCCCUCCAGCAUCCAGAUCUUUGCCAACACCUCCACGCUCCACGGGAUCCGUCACGUCUUCGUCUACGGGCCAGUGACCAUCCGGCGCCUGCUCUGGACCUUGGCCUUUGUGGGCUCACUGGGUCUCCUCCUGGUUGAGAGUUCAGACAGGGUGGCUUUCUACUUGUCCUACCAGCACGUGACCAAAGUGGAUGAGGUGGUGGCAAACAGCCUGGUCUUCCCUGCUGUCACCAUCUGUAACCUCAACGAGUUUCGCUUUUCCCGCCUCACCACCAACGACCUGUACCACGCUGGGGAGCUCCUGGCUCUGCUUGAUGUCAACCUGCAGAUCCCCAACCCUCACCUGGCUGACCCGGCCGUCUUGGCCAUCCUCCAAGAAAAGGCCAAUUUUAAACAGUAUAAACCAAAAGUUUUCAACAUGCAGGAGUUCCUGGCGCGGGUAGGACACGACCUGAAGGAUAUGAUGCUGUACUGCAAAUUCAAAGGCCAAGAGUGCAACCACGAGGACUUCAAAACUGUGUUUACAAAAUAUGGGAAAUGCUACAUGUUUAACUCAGGAGAAGAAGGAAGGCCUCUGCUUACCACGGUUAAGGGUGGGACAGGCAAUGGACUGGAAAUCAUGCUGGACAUCCAGCAGGAUGAAUAUUUGCCCAUAUGGGGAGAAACAGAGGAGACAACAUUUGAGGCUGGAGUCAAGGUCCAGAUCCACAGCCAGUCCGAGCCACCCUUUGUCCAGGAGUUGGGCUUUGGGGUGGCCCCUGGGUUCCAGACCUUUGUGGCCACCCAGGAGCAAAGGCUGACCUACCUGCCCCCCCCCUGGGGCGAAUGCCGCUCGCCGGACUCGGGCUUAGCCUUCUUUCCCGUUUACAGCAUCACGGGCUGUCGGAUCGACUGCGAGACCCGCUACAUCGUGGAGAACUGCAACUGCAGGAUGGUCCACAUGCCAGGGGAUGCUCCCUUCUGCACCCCAGAGCAGUACAAGGAGUGUGCAGAGCCUGCACUUGGUUUGCUUGCUGAAAAGGACAGCAAUUACUGUAUCUGCAGGACACCUUGUAACCUGACCAGGUACAACAAAGAGCUCUCCAUGGUCAAGAUCCCCAGCAAGACCUCAGCCAAGUACCUGGAGAAGAAGUUCAACAAGUCAGAAAAAUAUAUCUCAGAGAAUAUUCUUGUGCUGGACAUAUUUUUUGAAGCACUCAACUACGAGACAAUUGAGCAGAAGAAAGCCUAUGAAGUGGCAGCCUUACUUGGUGACAUUGGAGGCCAGAUGGGGCUCUUCAUCGGUGCUAGCAUCCUCACUAUCCUGGAGCUCUUUGAUUAUAUCUAUGAGCUGAUCAAGGAGAAGUUACUGGACCUACUUGGCAAGGAGGAAGAGGAAGGGAGCCAUGAUGAGAAUGUGAGCACUUGUGACCCCCUGCCAAACCAUUCAGAAACCAUCAGCCACACUGUGACCGUGCCACUGCAGGCCACCCUGGGGACCCUGGAGGAGAUCGCCUGCUGACACCACCCCCAGCCCCCAGGGCCAGCCCCCCAGGAAGGAACACUGCACAGGAAAGCAGGGACCCAGCUCAGGUUUGCAACUGGGGGGAAAUA